AUGAUAACUUGUUCAAGAUCAGUCGAGUUUGAUGCAGGUCACAGGGUUUUAAACCACGAAUCGAAAUGCCGAACGGUUCAUGGUCACCGAUACAAGGUAGAUAUAACGGCACAGAUAGAUGAGCUGGACGACAUUGGUCGGGUGGUUGACUUUUCCGUUUUAAAACAGGUCAUCGGUGGCUGGAUUGAUGAACAAUGGGACCAUGCUAUGGUGUUGAACAAAGAUGAUCCUAUGCUUCAGCAUUUCAAGGAUGACGAUCAUGCCUUGAAGCCACCAUAUGUGAUGGACACAAACCCCACGGCUGAAAAUAUGGCUAAGUUUCUUUUGGAUAAAUCAAAUGAACUGCUGGCCGGUUACGAGGGGUUGAAGGUAAUCAGUGUUGUCGUCCACGAAACACCAAACUGUAAAGCGGAGGCCACGUUUUGA